UCUCGAGCCGCCGCGCUCCGCCGCCGCACGUGUCUCCACGUCGCUCGCGCCCACAUUCACGCACGCGCCUCACCGACUACCCUACAAAUAUUCACUAUCCAACAACAAAGUGCCACAGAAAAACAAUUUGUGACAGUGACGUUUCGGGGGAGGUGACGAACACGAUUCUUUCGUUUGGAUUUUCCGCAAAUUUUCAGUUUUCAGCGUUGAGGAUUCAUUCAUAAACCUGUGAAGUUAAAUCAAAUCUGCAAAAAACAGCAAGUGUUAGUAAAAUAAUAACAGUGUUUGUGUUGAGUGUGUGCAUUGUAAGAUGGGAGGAUGUCCAGGGUAGAGGGCGCGAUGAAGCGAGGGUCGCGGGAGGCGCCGGACGCGGGCGACUGCGUGUCGCUGCAGCGGAUCCUGCAGGCCUUCAACUCGACCAUCAGCGAGGAGCACGCCUGGGCGUUGUUCCACCAGGGCGCGCGCUGCUUCCAGCGCUGCCUGACUGAUGGUGCCACCUGCUACCUGGUCACGGAGCCCCGACAUGUGUUCCUGCACAAGGACGGCUCCGUGCACCCCAGCACGCUGCUCAAUCCUGGCGAUGACAGCAGCAGAGAAGUCGUAACAUCGGAACAACAGCUGGUAGUGAACCUGGCGCUGGUGGUGUACCACGCGCUGGACUACACACACGCGGAGGACGAGGAGCGGCUCGUGUCGCCCGACCUGGAGCGCCUCAUCACCGAGAUGACCGCCUGCGAAGGAGAAGAUGAAGAGGAAGGCUGUGAGCUGUCGGAGGGGUCUGAGACGUCGGAGGGGGGCAGGGCGGACACGGACGACGAGGGCAUCGAGCGGGACUCGGAGCCCGCGCCGCGCCGCUGCCGCCGCCGGCGACGCUUCAUGCUGCGGGACGUCAUUGAGCGCUGCACGUGGCACUGCGGCGGCGGCGGGCGGUGCGCGCGCGAGGCUGCGCAGGCGCACUACCGCGCCGUGUGCCGUGCGCUGGUGGCCGAGGCGCUCGAGCUGGUCAGCUUCCUCGCCCGAGUCAAGGCUGGAGGGGCGAAGGACCUGGGGGCGGCGGAUGAUUCCGCACUGCACCUGGACACGCUACAGUUUUCUGACUGGGCGCGAUUCUGGAUGCAAGUCAUAGGCGAGCUGCGUAUGGGGGUCAAGCUGAAGAAGGUGAGCUACUCGCGGACGCCCAUCGAGUACGAGAUGACUCCGUACGAGAUCCUCAUGGACGACAUCCGGUCCCGGCGGUACACGCUGAGGAAGGUCGACGGGAAUAUACCGCAGAAUGUAAAGAAGGACGCGCACGCAAUGAUUCUCGAGUUCAUACGAAGCAGGCCGCCACUCAAGAAGGCCUCUGAGCGCAAACUACCGCCCUUGUGCAGAGAGGUCACUCCCAGGGAACAACUGCUGGCCUCCAUCCAGCGCGGCCGCCCGCUCAGGGCUACACCCUACUCUAGGAGAUUAUCAACGGGCACGGGCAGCGGGCCGGGCGGCCGCAGCGGUGACGUCACGCCGCAUGCGCCGCCGCAGCGACGACUCAUCAAAGUUGACUUCGAUAACCUGGAGGAUGACGAAGACGAGGACGACUCGGAGCCGUGCACGAGCCCCGAGGUGCUGGCGCCGCAGCCCUACCCGCGCCACACCGCCCCGCAGCCGCCCAAACCCUGGAAGAGAACCGAGAGCGUGGAGGCGCCGCGCGCGCCGCCCCGCGCCCACAUAUCGCACGACGAGUACCACCAGUUCUGCGACGAGGCGCUAGAGUCAUACGACCUGGCGACGCAAUGUCCGUCGCGGCGCGCGUCCAUGCGGCGGCACACCGUCGCGCACCCGCACCCCGUGUGCACCUCGGGCGAGGGGGUGCACUCUCUGCCGCACUCCAGGCCGGGGUCCCGCGCGUCAUGCGCCGGCGCAGCCUCGCUCGCCAGCAGCGACGACGCGGCGCUGGGCGAGCUGUCCUGGUCGCGGUCCUCGUUGCAAGACGAGCUCAUCAAGUCGGUUAGUGGCAGCCCCUGCAACCCGCAUAAACAAUGGCAAGACGCGAUGAUGACGGACGACCGUCUGUCCCUGACGCUGGAGGAGAUCGUGCACAUCCGCUCCGUGCUGACCAAGGCGGAGCUGGAGGUGCUGCCGGUUGAGGGACGGGUGAAGGAGGAUGUGGAGAAGAGAAGGGUGUGCUUUUUAUGUUUGAAGACACGCUUCGGUAUUUUUGGACCUUGGGGACAAAAGUGUAAACUAUGCAAAAAGACUGUCUGUCAGAAGUGUUGUUCAAAGAUGCGGAUACCGACGGAGCACUUCGCGCACGUGCCGGUGGUUCUGCUGAGCCCCUCGCUGCUGCCGUCGCCGGAGGAGGAGGCGCACUCCACCUUCCCACGGAGCCUGAUGUCGAGGCUCGUCGCGCCAGAUCAUACGAGCCUAGUCGAGAACAGCGUGGGCAGUGCCCCCAACAGCCCGGCAGCCGUCAGACGGGCGGCGGCCGCGCAUUCGGCCCCAGGCUCGCGCGGCGGCUCGGCGCUCGGGUUCAGCGACCACCUGUCGCUGCCCCCGCCGGCGAUGUCACGUAGUGUGGAGGGGCCCGAGAGCAUGCCUGUGACAGUGGUUAACAGUGGGACUUUGGAUCGGAGAGCGCGCUACGGGCGCAGCGCAACCGGCGUGGCGGCGGCGGAGCGGCUGCGCGGCGUGCAGAUGGCGGUGUGCCACGACUGCAAGGCCAUGGUGCUGCAGAUCAUCAAGUCAUCCCGCGCCUCGCGAUCCGCCUCCCGCGACCGCGCGCUCCGCCAUCUCACGCUAGACCUCGCGCCCGUCUACACCGCCGAGUGUUAACCAAUCAGCGAGCUCUGUGGGGUUUGACCUUGUCACGCCGCCGAGUGUUAGCCAAUCAGCGACCGCCGUGGGGUUUGACCUUGUCGCGCCGCCGAGUGUCAACCAAUCAACGACCGUGGUACUGAUACCUCAGUGGUUUUCGACCUAUCGCUCAGUGAUAGAGUUCUAAAUUGUGAGGUGGACUUGUGGUUAACUGCUGAGCGACCGUUCGGCUGCUGGGAUUGCUUUGGAGCGGAUAUGUGUGUAAAAGCAAUGUAUUUACUGUACCUAUGUAUCGUUAUUAUAGGUGUUAUCAUCGUGCGCCUCUUCCAGAUUAUAAUAAUAUAGCUCAUAUGCAAACUUUUCGACCUAACAGUAAAUGAUAUAGUUACUACCAUUUGUAAACUUCAUCUUAAUUUAACAUAAAAAUUAUAGAUCGUUUUGACAUUCCUAAAAUUUAAAAUUCCUUCUUGACAUAUUUUUUUAUCCAAAUUAAACCAUAGUCUCAAUAUUUAUACAAAAAAGUUAUAUACAGAGGUUUUACUAAACUCCCGAGCUUCGGACGGUUGUGCAGGACUUGCGGUGGUUCUAGGCGAGCUGGAUCUAGGCAUCCUAGGUAUCCCAGACUUUGUUUUAUAUUCGUAGACCUACUGACCUAUUGACAAUACUCAAUGACCUUUGACACACCAAAAUUAAUUCCCUUUUUGUUUAUCGCACAAAAAUAUAAUAUUCUAACAAACUAUUUAUAAAAUGUAAUGUCAAAAAUAUAUAACAAGUAUAUUUAUUUACUAGUGAGUAACUAAUAAAAAUCCUAAUGAGAUAUUUAAAUGUUAUAUUCCUAAAAUACUAAAAUAUAUUUUCUCACGUAAAUACAAAUAUAGUAUGAUAUAUCUAUCUAUAUUUUUCCCCAAAUGAUAUUAUACCGAAAUGUUGUAUUUUCCCAACAAUAAUGUACUGUGAAUCAAUAUGUGUCUUUAAAUGAUAUAUGAAAAAGAGGAGAUAUUUUUAUUUACAUUAUUUGAAAGUGUUAAAGUAUUACAAUAUUUAUCCCACUGAAGUUAAAAUUUAUAAGCUUGCACUGAACUACCCCAAAUGUAUGAAGAAUCUGAUUACUGAAAUUAAGCCUAAAUUAUCAGAAAUUGAUUCAAUUAUGCCUGAUACGAACGGUAAGUAUCAAAACGAACUUGUACUUUAAAAUAGAACUCAUAAACACCUUUCUUGUGCCAUAUCACCUAUAAUGCUAUUACAAUACAACUAUCGCUAAAGCCGCGACACACGGGUAACUUAGGCAAGCUGGCUCGAAUAUAAUUUUCCCGUGUGUCCGUGAAUAAAAAUAUAUACCUACUUAAUUGUAAUAAAUACAUUUAUUGUAAACUUGCACAAUCUUACACCGAAGAACACCUCCAUUUUAAUGUAAUAAUGUUAACAGUAGGUAAGUGAUAUUUAUUUAAUUUUGCGAACCAUUUCUUUGUACUUUUAAGAAGCAUUUUUUUUUAUUUAAGUA